UGGCAGCAUAAGCCGUAAGGUCGCCAUCGGUAUUAUAAAUUAUAGUGGAUAUGAAUGGGUAUCAAUCCAGGCCUUCAUAAAACAUGGGACGACAACAAUGGUUUUGCCGAUGACAGUUCUUAAUAACGGUAAAAUUAAUUUUUAUAACUGAAUUUGAAAGCCUUUCUUUUAAUACACUCUAUUUUUCUAUAAGAAUACAUUUUAAAAGAAUAUCGAGUUUACGAAAUUAUAAGAAAAUUUUAAGUAAAUAACCCGAGGUUGAGAAGUUGAUAAUGACUCAGUUUUGUGUUUGAAAAUCUGUAAAUGCAGUACAAUGUUUUUAAGGAGUUCGAUACAUUUUUUCGAAGAUCAUUCAUAUAUUCUAAUAUCUUUCAAUCUCCUUAAAAGUGAUUUUAUCCUUGUCUGAUCCCUAUAACUAUCCAUCUGAGAAAAUUUGGUUAUGCCGUCACCGUACUUCCGUCCGUACGGACUCUCCGUGUAGGGGGAAAGUAGAAACGAAUUCCUCCCCUCUCCCCUUGAGAGGUUUGUCGCCUAUUGUUUCAAAGGCUUAAGAAAUGACUGACGAAUCAAAAUCUGUCAACUGACCAAAUGUUUCGUCAGGAGCCGAUUAGUUUGGUGGAUUUUAGGAGCCCACCAUUUGACUUUUGAGGGGGUUAUGGGUGAUUUCAGAAAAAAUAUCCCGCAGACUGAUUUCGAGAAAAAAAAGCAUGCAAAUAAAUUCCUGGGAAAAAUAAUAUUCUCGGCUUGCACUGUCACGCAAUGAAAAAUAAAAACGCAAACCAUUCAAUACAGAAGGACUAGAUCUGGGAAAUGAAAAAAGAUAAAUAUACAAAAACCCUUGCCAAGAAUCAGGUUUGUGAAAUAUUUCAAAUGCGAGAUAUUGGGAAAAACGGUUUACCUAAAUUUAUAAAGCUUUGUAUGGAAAGGCCAUGUUGGUGUCCCUUUCAGGAACACCAAUAUGGCCGCCAGAUACCAACAGAAACAUCUGUUUUCGAGUUUUCCUACUAAUGCGUGAAUUCUUCGCUUGAGGAACUCAUAAAGAUUACAGUAAUUUUUUUACUCUGAGACAAGGAAUAUUUAGAUUGCAAAAUCUCCCAAAAUCGGUAACGUUUUUAACCCACAUAAGAGCUUUCCCGGCCGCCAGCUAAAUGCCGCGUCACGCAAAAGCCGGGAAAUUCACACUUAUGUCCAGGAUCGAUCUUGUUAGCAAAAAUUUGCUAGCAAAGAAAAACUGCUAUCAGAAAAAUACAGAAGAAAUAGCAAAUGUCACAAAAAUCGCAAAAGUAAGAAGAAUUUUUCUUGCCAUGUGAAAAGAUUGAGUAACAAAUAUGGCAAAAAUAGCAGGAAUAACACAUUUUUCAAAAUUCUACUUUUACAAAGAGAAAAGGCCAAGAAGGGUUUCGUGAAGUCUGCAAAUUUCGCAAAAAUCGCAAAAGUAAAGGAAAUUUUUCAUGCCAUGUGAAAAGAUUGAGCAACAAAUAUGGCAAAAAUAGCAAGAACAACAAAUUUCAUAAAAUUCGACACUUAGAAAGAGAAAAGGUCAAGAAGGGCUUCGAGGUGUCCGCAAAUUUCGCAAAAAUCGCAAAUUCAAGCGUCCUCUCUCGCAAAACGAAGAACCCUUUCGAACCAAAAAUUUGUUUAUGUAAAGGUGUUUAGGUACUGUAAUACCUCGUGAAAGUAGAAACUCAGAAGAAUCGAUAGUUUCUUAGUUUGAUUUUUGGUGACGUCACGUGUAAACCAAGAAUUCUGCACUGAAAAAUAUCUCUCAUGACGUAUAAUGCUGAAAAAAAAUCUUUCACUGUUAUACGUCGGGGAAGACAUUUCUAACGCAAGAGGUUUGGGAAAUUCUUACACAAACUAAAUCACCCAUACUCCCCUUCCCCACAAACGUCCAAUGGUCAUGUCAACCAUUUAGGGGGUGGGGGAAGGAACGGAUUUGACACCUUAGUAAAUGUCAUCACGUGGUGGUUUUCAAGACUAAAGUUUUGCGUUUCAAGAUUGAAAACUACGCCGAUAAAAGACACAAAUGGAAAGAGAAAGUUUUAAAGAAUGCUCAGUUUCCAUUUUGUGGACAAACAAAAGCUGUUCGCAAUUGUCUUUCGAGCAAUUCAACCUUGUUGUUAUGUACACGGCGGAUCAGAGCGCUUGGCUUUUUUUGAACCAACCAAGGCAGCGAGGUUUCAGAAGUCACUUGAGGUAUAUUCUCUACUCUAUGAUCAAAGAAAAGUACGUUGUUAAAAGGGAAUUUUUGAAUUUAAAAAGGUUUCAUUGCCUUUUUCUACAUUUCGAUAUCGGCGUGAAAGAAAAUUCCACAAAAUCUGCAUUUGAAAUUUAUUUUUUGCCAUGUGCUUAGCCGAUUCAACUCGCGUGAACAGAUUCACGAUCCAGUUGGUGUAUACGCGAACUAGUUCUUUUUAGGAUUAACUUAUGGGUUUUUAAAUAGAAAUUUUCAAGAAAUUAUAUUAUUUAUCUGUCAUUUUUCAUUCAUAAUAUUAGCUCAAAAAACGACCGUGAGACUAAAGGUGAUGUUGCGUUACAUACAUGCAUACAUGCAUGCAUACAUAUAUCAUUUACAGUGAAACCUCUAUGAAGCGGACACCUUCGGGACCCUCCCAAGUGUUCGCUUAAUAGAGGGUGUCCGCUUAAUAGAGUUUGUAAAAAUUGCGCAAUGUUUGUUAACGAUCAACAUUCAACAGUUACUCUGUACUGUGAUAAAGUUGCAUGUUGUUAAAGAAGCUAUCCAGAGUUCAAUUUCAUUACCUUUCAUUACCAACUUUAAUUUGUUUUUAAAUGCAAAAACAUUAACUGACUUCAGUACGUAUUUCAAGGACGUGAUCCAAUACUGCUAUUGUCAAUUCAGUCCGAUGUCCGCUUAAUAGAGGUUUUUAACAAUAGAAAUGAGCCGAAUACAUCUUAUUUUAGCGCGUUCGCUUAAUAGAGGUGUCCGCUGGAUAGGGGUUCCUUAUAACGGGAAAUAUAAGACGUUAAUUUCGGGACCUGGCUUAGUGUCCGUUUAAUUAACAAUUAAUGAAUGAGGCUGAGUAUCUUAUGAAUAAUUAUAUUAUGGAGAUCGAAGAGGGUGUUAUCCGUCGAGGCCGUAGGCCAAGUUGGAUAACACCCUCCGAGAUCUCCAUAAUUCUUCAUAUGAUACGGAAGCCGAAUUCAAUAAUUGUUUUAUUUUUCAUUCAAAAUAAUUCCUAGUUUAAAAACAAAGCUAAAACAUGCUUACCUCCAUCGAUAUUAAGUUCACCUUCGAUAGUGCAUGUUUAGGGUUGCUCAGGUCCGUAAAUAUUCUCCAAUAGCAGAUGCCGCCCUUCCAGUUGUGUUCUUGCUGUCCUUGCCACGUUUUUAGCUAUUAUUUCGCCUAGUUUUUCCUCUUGAAACGAGUGAAAUGUCCGCCAUUUUUUGUUUUCACAACCAAAACAACUCAACCUCGUCCCCAGCUCUUCUCGGUUAACGGUGCAUUAACCUGCAAGAACGCUGCAUUUUUGACGUCAUUUCCUCGUUAAACACAAAAUUCUUCCAAAUUUGGUCAUCAGUAGCUGGUUAUGGUAAAUUAUGCGUGUGAUUUUAGCCAAUCAGAAUCGGAGAAAUAUUUUGAAUGAAUAAUAAUAGAGGUUGUCCGCUAAAUUGGGAGUCCGCUUAAUAGAGGUUUCACUGUAUUUGAAAAGGUCAAAAGUAAAAUGGCAGCACUUGGCUGAUGUGGACCCUUAUUAAGAUCAUUCUCUCGAUCGCGAUCUUGUUAAUGAUUAAAAACUAACUACAAACUGUAUCCAUCACUAUCAGCUAAUAAUUACUACCUAAUAAUUAAAAACUGAUCACAAAACUGUACAAAUAAAUUUAUAUACAAAUAAAUAAAUUUAUAUACAAAUAAAACAAUAGUUUAAAAAUAUAUUAAAUCUUCAAUGUUCUUGUUUAAGUUAACACAGGUUCCUUUUUGAAAGCUAAUUUGAUCGAUUUCUUUACGCUGCUUCAAGGCGCUUUUAAAUCGAUCUUUAUUUACCAGAUUUGUAGUAUUGUUAUUUAGGCCAUUCCAUACAACCAGACCUCCAAAAAUUAGGGAUUGCCUGCCAAAUUCAGUAUUCAUUCGUCUCAUCCUCAUUAAGAGGAUAGACAGCACUCUUACUGCCUUGUUGGAGACAAACGAUAACUGGUGUGUCAAUAUUGAUAGAGGUCUUCUUAAUGGUGUAACCACGCUUCAGUGCGAAGACCAUGUUAAAUAUCUUGGCGUCCUAUUGGACAGCAAUUUAAGCUGGAAAUUUCAAAUUAAUAAUGUUGCAUUAAAAAUAAGCAGAACUGUUGGUGUUGUUGCCCGUCUUAGGAACUUUGUCCCACGUACAACCCUUUUAAAUAUUUAUCAAUCAUUGAUCUUGCCUUAUGUGACAUAUGGUUUGGCGGCUUGGGGUCAAGCUGCCAAAACCCAUUUACAAAAAAUUCUCGUGCUUCAAAAACGAGUCCUUCAUUUGACGUACUUUUCUGAACCUAGAGCCCAUGCUGUGCCUUUAUUUAUUUCCUCGAAAAUUCUACCCUUACAAAUGUUAUAUGCUGAAAAAGUAUCUUCUAUAAUGUUUGACGUUUCCUGCAUGAAUGCUCCGUCUAACAUCUGUGGUUUCUUCACUAAAGCUAAUUCAGAGCACAAGCAUGAGACCAGGUUUUCUUCGUCUGGAAAUUAUUAUGUCCAAACUUCAAGACUGAAUCUAAAUCAAGAUUCUUUUUCCAGGUUUGGAGCUAAACUUUGGAACGCAAUUCCUAACGAAUUUCGUCAACUCUCCAAAGGAGCUUUUGAAAAAAAUUUUCAUGACUUUUUGCUCUCGAUAAUGGAAGAAGAGGAUGAUUAUGUUGAAGUGCCCAUUCUCCUACUAAAAAUGGCAAAUUCUGCAUCCUCGACUGAAUGUACUAAUAAUCGAUGGGUUCUGGUAGUAGUAAAUUUGAUUGUAAUAUCAUUCUGUAAGACUAUAUAUUUUGUAACUUUAGCUUGUUUUUCAGUAAUUCUUAUUUAUCCACAUAGUUUAUUUAGUUACUUUACAAUUAUUCUUUUAUCUGUUAUGACUGCUGUAACCUUUCCUCUCCGCCCGCCUCGUCUAGCUUUUGCUAUUUGCGGGUGGAGAUGGCAAAAUGAUGUGCAUGAAAUAAAGUAUAGUGUGAGGAAAUCUUUAUUGAUUUGAAGAAGGCCUUUGACACUAUUGACCACGAGAUAAUUCUAAAAAAACUUACUAAGUAUGGCGUUGAUCAAGACGCCCUGAAGUGGUUUAAAUCUUACCUAACUAACCGUAUGGAAAGGUGUAACGCAAACAAUCAUCUAUCUAGCGCGAGCCCUCUAAAUUGUGGCGUACCUCAAGGGUCAAUAAUUGGUCCUCCUCUUUUCUUAAUCUAUAUAAAUGAUCUACCAAAUUGUUUGAAUGUGGGCUUUCCUAGAAUGUAUGCCGACGACACUAAUGUUACCUUUUCUGCAGCUGCUAUACCUGAUCUUGAGUCCCAAAUCAAUAGUGACCUGAAAUAUAUUGAUCGCUAAGUUAAGUCUCAAUGUCGCCGAAACAGAGUUUAUGGUUAUUAAUUAGCUCGAGGCAGAACCUACAGUCCUUAAAUGACUACACAAUGAAUAUUCAUGUAGACGACCGGCGAAAAAUAUCUGAUUGGUCGUCGCGUGACCACGUGACAGUGCCAAAUUCAAAAUGGCGGCAAUACCUCCAUAGUUUGUUUAUUCCAGUGGAAAGAAGGUUAAUUGCGGCUUAAUAUGAGUUACACAUGCAUAUCGGAUAUUUUAAGAAUAGCCUAGACUUUUUAUUAUCCUUUCUUACCUAUUCCUAUGGGAUUCGUUUCCUGCGAUGCUCCCCAUUUGGCCGGUUUACAGGAUUUAACCUUGGAUCACGAAGGACAACAAUGUUUCUGAAAAAAGCAGGGUCACUAGAAAGAACGGCCUUUGUUCACAGCUUAAUGCAGCAGAUAAAUAAGAAACUAUGGGUCCUUUGAAAUUGCUUAGACACCUGGUAGUUAUUUUAUUAUUAUUAUUAUUACUAUUAUUAUUAUUAUUAUUAUUAUUAUUAUUAUUAUUAUUAUUAUUAUUUUAUCGAAAAAGUAAAGCAAAAACAUUUUUUCUCCAGCAACACUUUCCAGUUUAUAAAAAAAGCUUGAACAUGAGUUAAAUGAACUUUAGGGGCCGACUCAAUCUGGUGUGCAGGAUAUUUUUUCCCUUUUUUUCCCAUAAGCUUUCUAUUACAGUUGUGCUGCAUGCAAUUGGUUUCUUCCGACAAGCGCUUGCAGGGAAUUUUUUUUCAAAAUCAUCCCCACCCCCCCUCUCAAGAGUUAAAUGGUCGGCCCCUUAGUGUCUGCAUUCAGUCUUUUCACUGAGAACGGGUGCAAUUUUAAUAUCAAAACUUUAAAGCCGUUUAUGACCGAGCAAGGUUUUUUUUCUUUUCGAUGGUUACUGUGCUUAAUAUGAAUAAGAAAAUGAUAUUUUUAAAAUUAGGGAAAUACUAUAUUUAAAAGAAGAGAACUUUGAUUCAAGUGUUAGUUCGAAAAAAUACUGAUUAUAUUUUUUUAGUAUAUAAAGGUUAAAAAAGUGAUGCAUACAGUCUAAAGUGAUACAAAGGAGUAAAAACCCAGAUCUUUCCAUUAAUAAAUUUUACUGACACUGUCAGGGACAUAUGCUUUCCUUGAGUACACAUUUGUUCGUUAAAAAAUCUUGUUUGUGAGGCUGCACUUUGUUUGAUUCAGGAUCAAUCAAUCUUUUCUGAAGAGAAAUGAAAAGUAAAGUAUGUUAACAUGACAGAUACUUCAACACUGCCUUAGCCAACAACUAAGAAGAAACUGAACUUCAUAUCAAAAAAACAAAAUGAAAACUACUUCACUGUGAAACAACAACCCCUUCAAAUAUAUAUUACAUUAAAUUCAUACUCAGUGCAAAAUGUAGACCUGAUGAGAAGUUAAUAGGAAUAAAAACAAAUGAUAAUUACAAUGAAACUAUAAUGUUUGAAUGAGAUCUGUGAGUGUUCUCUCAUAAUUCUGACAGAAGAUCAAAAUUGGAAACUGCACAUCCUACACAACUGCAUUCAUCAACAUGAUCCAACUAAAAUUUCAUUAAGACUCAAAUUUUACUCCAAACUUUAAACCCCUGUAAAUUUAAUUUGUGAUGAUUUUUUUUUUCUUGGAAAGAACUUUUGAAUACUUAGUAGCAUGUUAUAACUCUGUCAUUCAUUCAUGACUUUGCUCCAAAAAAAAUUGAGCCAAAAACGAUGGACAGAAAAACAAAAGCAUUCACAGGAAAAUUACCCUGUUUAUCUCCUUCCAGAAUCCAAUUUUCAAGCUAAGAAGCACCCCUCACAGAAAGCCUUGUGUACAAAAAUUUAGUACUAAAAAAUUGUACAUGGGGGAAAUCAUGUACGCAAGUGCAGUUCCUAACGCGGAAAGUAACAAGGACCUCUUUGUGUAUAAUCCCAAGCCAAAUUUAUGAGCAAAAUAAUCUAAACUUCAAUCCUUCAAUUAUAAAAUUGCAAGCCUAAAUGUACAGCAGCUAUACACAUUGUAAGCAGAAUAUUUUUACAAAUCAAAUGUUGCUGGACCUAUGGAGCUGAAAACACUCUCACAUUUUUUCACCUGACAGUUCGGAUAAAAAUCAAAUUUCUGUAACAUACAAAGCUGUAAUAAUGUACAACAACAAUGAAAUGUGGAUCGAUGGACAAAAUCACGUUUCGAACUACACACUUUAGAAAACUGCCGAAACCCGGCCACUUUCGAUCCACUAGCUACAAGACAAUUUAAACACCAAGACGGUGGCCAAGAAUAAUUCUCUACCUUCUUUAUAAUUUCCGUUGGUACCGAGUGACACGAGAUUACGAAAAAUUGUAUUGCGUGACCAGCGUGACUUUCUAGAAGCUUCGCGAGAGUUCAAUAUAGUUUGUUUAUUAUAGGAUUUUGUGUACGCGUUUCUAAAGCGAUAUAUUUUGUAAUCUUUCUAUAAUUAGACUAUUUGGAAAUUUAUAGAAUGUUAUUGUGAAAGUAUAUGAGUAGGCUAGUCCGAGUUAAGUUUUAACUAGUUUUCACAAGCGAAGAGAGUUUGGCGUUAGUCGUGUUUAGGCAAGUGUGACGGAUGCAGUGUUAAUUCAAGUCGGCGGAGGCCGUGUAAGUUUAUCAAGUUAUUUGAAGUUGGCGGAGGCUGUGUAAGUUUAACGAGUUACGUGCUGUUGUGGAGUUUACUUCGUGGAAACUGCGUUCAUUUUUAGAAUAAAUCUUCUGGUUGCUGUUCCGACAACCCUGCGUUCAGUUUAGUUUGCAACCUACCCGUCCUCUAAAAGAUUACCCACGUAACACAUGCGGAGAUUAAGCAUCUAAAUAUAGUUUUUCCAGGGGCACCCAACCACAAUUUUCGGAAAAAUAUCUGUUCGGAAGACGAUUUGAGAUCUACAAUUUUUGGAACAUUUGUUGUAAAAUUUCUUGCUUGCCUGCCUCUCCUAGGAUUUUCGAACAUCUAAGAAAUGGUAAAAUUGCCCAUUUUCAACGGAUUUUUACCCUAAAAAGGUCACCUAGAAUUUUCGGGAGCCUUUUCUCUGGCUGAAAUUUUCGAAAAGGUAAGUUUUGAUCCCUAUAAUUUUCGGAUCACUAGACUUUCAGCUAGGAAAUCCGAACAGAUGAAAAAUUUGCAAUUUUGGGUACAACCGAACGGAUUUUUACCGCGGGAGUACCACAGGCAUCCCACGGAAAAAGGAACGAUACCUGGAUUUACGAGGAUAAGAAAAUGAUAAGGACUUCAAAAAUCGCUUAAAACAGUGGAUUUAUACCUGCCGAAGCUUGUGGAUUGCAGGACGACGUGAUUCUACUUUGUUUGGCGUCGUCGACGGCACCACGACGACGAAAUCUACUGGUCGCGCUUGCGCAGUACACUGUAACUCACUUCCGGUCGUCGUCGGCAAAGUCGUCGUCGUCGUUCUCAAAUUUCCUAUUAAGGCCUUUUCAAACGUCGUGCUACUGCCGUGCUAAGCUGGCUCGAUUGUAGCUCGACUGCAGCACGACUUGGUUUCAGACGUCGAAUUUAAUUCACACAAUGACAGUCGAAUGGAACGGCUGUUGCCAAAAACAAAACACAAAAAUAAAGAAACGGUUUAGCAAACUGUUAAAUAUAUUCUAAUGAAGUUAUAAUUUAUGAAUUGAGUUCGGCGCGGCGGUAGCACGACGUUUGAAACCAAGUCGAGCUACUGCCGUGUAGCACGGCAAGGCUUGCCGUGGGCAAGGCUAUGAGCCUCCUAGAUUGAUGAGACUGAAAGGUCAUUAUUUCUGUGCAUUUAAAUGUUGUUCAUUUCGUUACAAAUCUGUCGCUUUUGGCAAGAGCAACUUUUCGUCCGUUGCCAGCGAUUAAUUUGUCCUUUUAAAGUCGUAACUAGCGACUUUCAACUGCUUUUAUUCACCUCAAGGGUCAAACUGUUAAAAAGCACUUUUAAAUGUCUGUAGGUACUUUUUUGUACAUCCAGACAGAAAUAUAGGCUAGGUUAUGCCAUUUAACGAACCAGGUGAUCAGCAUAAUUGGUGGGAAUAUCAUGAAUUUGUCUAGCAGCUUUUGUAUGUAGUUUCUCGAUAUCUUCAAAGAGGGCCAUAGAGCAGCUUCCCCAGACAGAUAUGCAGUAUGUAAUAUUUGGGAGAAUCAUUUUAUGGUAUAUAUCUUCAAGUUGUUCACCUGGAGAAACUUCAUUCUUUUUUGCCUUUUGAGUUGGGCAGAAAAAGAUUUAUGAAGCUUAUCAAUAUGGCUCUCCCAUGAAAGCUUGUUGUCAAUAAGAACAUCUAAUGAUUUAGCCACCUCAGUGAAAUCAAGCACGGACAUCACCACACUUAAUUUACUGAAGACCCAGCGCCAAUGAACCUUUGCCUUGUUAUGAUCAUGGUCUCGCAUUUCCCUGAGUGAAUUGUUAGCUUAUUUACUCUACACAAUUGAAUGAUUUCUUUGAGUAAGACAUUUAGUAGUUGAAUAACUUGAUCCACCGAAUUGCCAAUGACAAAUGCAGUUGUAUCGUCCGCACAAAGGUUGCAGUUCUCCAUUUGAUAUGCCUUCUGCAAAGUCAAUUACGUAUAUUGAAAAAAGAGGGGACCAAGCAGUGAGCCUUGUGGGACUCCAUGUGACACAGAAUAUAACUGACAUUUCACUCCAUUUAUAGUUCAACAAAUUGCUUACGGUUUUCCAGGUAACUGACCAGCCAUUGUAACUGACGCAUUUCCAUAAAAGCCACAGGUUUGCAUUUUGUAGAGCAAAACUUCAUGAUCCACUGAAUCAAAUGCCUUGCGAAAAUGUAUGAAUUUAAGUCCAAUUACAAUAAAAAUCGUCGUUGCGAAUCGCUCCGUGUAACAUCUCCUUAAAAAUCGUGAGAUUUUUAGAAACAUUCAGACUGGCUACUCCCCUUUCUUAAAUUAAAACUGAAGCGUUGUUCAGUUUUGUACAUAUUCCAUUGAACUGCCAUUCAUUUUCUUAUCCAUUAAUUGCCAUUCAAGAAUUUUGCAGUGUGUAGACAAGAAUUUCUGCAGUUUUGCAGUGUGCUGCUCUUUUUCCAUAACUUGUGCCCUGAAUCUAUACAGCUGAAUACCGCUUGAAUGAAGUUUACUGCGUUUGUUUACAGUUGUUUGUUUUAUUCUCGCUGAAAAAGUGAGCUUAUCUAAAAUAUGAAAGAGUUUCCCUCUAUUCUAACGACAGACUUGUCAGCUUUUCGAGCCCGAGUUUGUCUGUUUUUUUUUCCUUUAAUAAAAAAAAGUGUAAGUUACUGUAUUAACGUUUAUAUUUGUAGUGAAGGAUUGGCUUAUAGUUAUUAGUAGCGAAAAAGGUUAUCGUUUGCUUUCCAUGUCUGUCCUCAGACAAAAUAUUAUACACCUUACAGUAAAAUUUUCCUUCAGAUAUUGUAUAAAUGCAAAGGCUACACAUAACUGUCCGUCCGGGCCCGCUUUUUUUAAAAAAAGAAGAAAUGAAAAGAAAAGAAAAUAUAAUGGGCUUAAGGAAAGACAAAGGUCUCUAAGUGGGCCUGAUUUUCCUUUUAGGUCUUCCCUUAAACACAGAAAUACCGACCCUAGAAAUCGUAACCUGUAAAUUGCUGCUACUGAAGAGACCCACAAUUUAACAAUUGUGGUGUUUAGCAAAUAACCUCCGUGAGAAGUAAAAAAUUCUGUUUGUUUGAAUUCAAAUAAAACGUAAACAUAUUUCAAAACCUAUAUUUUCCUCCUACAAUAGCCGUUAUAAGUUGUUUAAUGAGAAAAAUCUAAAUAACUCAAAUUAAACUUAAGUAGCUUUAUAAUACUGCUUUUAAUGCAAAAUAUGAUAUUGAAAUAUUUUCUUUUUUGCGAUCCUGAAAACUAACCUGUUUUCACACCAUCUAUCUAAGUGCAACUUAAUUCUAUAUUGUGACUUUUAAUUAGAGUUUUUUCGUGUAUCUCUAUAACGGCUCGACAGAGUUCUUUUUUAACCUCAUCACGUAAUCUUCACGACGUAUAUUAUAACGUCUGAGACUUUCAUUAAGAUUGAUUCACUGCAACACCUUGAAAUUUAAAGACAAACAGCCUGACCCGGCCAGCCUGACCCGCGCUACAACAUUUACUGUUUUGAAGUUAUGCUAAUUUUAAAUUUCCAAAUCAAUGCAGACCAUACAUACCUCCAAGACUAGUAAUUUUCAGUGUGAGUAAUGUCAAUGCUUUACAUGUAAACAAUUGAAUAAAAUUCUUUUUUUUAAUUCGUUCCCAUGGAGGUUAUUUGCUGAACACCAUACCGGCUUGAAGUUCCUGGUGUCGGAUUAAUUUUUCAGUAGCAGGUCUAGAUCGCGCAAAAUUCGGCUUUUAUCGACUUGAAACUUUUUUGUCUAUUGUUAUCAUAGUGAUGCUGAUUUUACUUAAAACUGCAUUUUGACAAACUUCCGUGAUUCAUGAUCAAUCACUGGUGAAAAUUGUAUAGGGAUCGGACAAGGAUAAUGACUUUUCAUGCGAUGGAAAAAUAUUGGUAUGGUCUCCGACCGAGAAGUCGUAAUUGAAACCCAAAUCAUGACAUUCUAAGGCGAGAUUCCAAUAUAAGCUAAAAUAAGCUAAAAUUUAUGAUUAAGAAUAAUUCAAGAAUAUUCAGCCUUAUAAAUAAGACUUAUAAAUAAAAAGGAGUGUAAUAAAACUUGUGGAGCCAUAAGUAUGUACUACGAGACUCAACACGUCACAAGUUCGAGCCCAGUUCUUUACCGUGAAUAUUCAAGACGGUCUGAGUAAAGAAAAAUUUGCGGAUUAAAAAACAUCCAGAUCUAAGGUUGCAUUCCUUUUAGCCAAACUUUUUUCGGAUUAAGACAAUCCAGAUUGUUUGGAUUUUCGUGCUAGCUGGAACAAAAAUCUGAAAUAAGAUUGAUCCAUACAGUAGCUGCCUGCUGUUCUGAUCUUCUUCUCAAUCGUUUUUCAUUUCUUUCCGCUAAAUUAAGCGUCUUCUCGUCGAGAAAUGGAAAAAACGUUGCUCUUUAACUAGUGGUGGUUCAUACUGGGACUCGUCAACUUAACUGGAAUUUGAUUCAAGAAAGUGCUGAGAAGCGUGCUCUAAACACACACACACACACACACACACACACACACAUACACACACCCAAACACACAUAGGACACUAUAGUUUUACGGUGAGAAAAUCUAAGUGUUUUCGCUUCCUUACGGAUUUAUAAUUACGGUGGAACUUGAGUUUAACAUGCAACAAUCCUUUAGUGGCAUAGAACAACGGAGGAGUGUAAAAAACGUUUGCCCGAACUAACCUUGACCUGCCGUGAACGAUCCAAGUGCAGAGGUGGAUCGUUCAGAUUGUAAUCCUAGAUUGGCUUAGUCCUUAAUGGAAUGAAAAAUCAAAUUUCAUAUUGCAAAAACCGACAUUUAGAUUGGUCAAAAGGAACGCAACCUAAUACUUAACCAGCACUGUAGUUCACCUUUUGCUUUGUCAAUAUGACGGGAUAUGAAGAUUUUGUAAUGAAAAGGGCAAUGUGACUUAAAGGGUUGAAAGAGCUUUUUAAACGAACUAGUAUGAAAUAUGCAGAUAUUUUUAUCACCCGGUUGCGUGUUAUAUUCGGGAAAAGAUUAGCAAUCAACAACACGAAAUUUCUGGGUGGCAAAAAUUUUAUUAUCCCACACAUUCUUCGUAUAAGUUUCGUUUCGAGUACAUGCCCCCUAUAUUCUGUGAUUCUCGAUUGCCAUGAACCAUUGUGACGAAUAAUCAUGUUUAUGAUUUUUGUUUACUUGUUAAUUUUUUGCGUGCCUGUUUCUAGGUAACUUGACUUACGGCGCACGAAAAACUAGGGGCAGUACAUAUGGCGUGGAAGGAGUAAUCACAUGCUACAUCCCAGACAUCAUGAAAACACUUGCUGUUAUGUUUUCCGUUCCAUUUAACUACUUUAAGUACAAGAAUAGGGUUGAUGUUAAGCUUUACCAAGGGGAAAGAGACGCCGACAAAGUUAUUUGGAAAGAGAUGUAUAACGAUCCAACCAAAUACCAAGGGAAUCCCAGGUGGUAUACAAAGAACCUGGAACUAGGCCGUUCGGAAAAUGGGAUCCGAGCAAAUUUCUCUAUGUCCACCGCCGGUGAGGCGGCCAUUGAAAUGAAAAUAUUUACUCAGCCGUAA